AUGCUCUCCAGGAGGCCGCUCGCCGCCGCGCUACGCCUCGCGCCCCUCUCGCCUCCGCUCCUCCUCUUCUUCGCCUCCUCCUCCUCCUCGUCGUCGUCACCCGCCUCGUGCUCCUCCCCCGCCGCUUCGGCCUCGGGCCCCAGAGGCUGCAGUGCUCUAAGGAUGGAUACCGGCGCUGUGGAGCCAGCUUCAACGGGGGCAAUCUGGUCAACACCGUCGGUGGAGCCGAGAAGCAUUUCCAUCGGGAAGCAGAUAUUCUGCAACAGGUCUCUCAACAUGAGGAACAUCACCGCAGUAGGAUUUGAUAUGGACUACACUCUUGCGCAGUACAAGCCUGAGACAUUUGAGGCCCUUGCUUACCAUGGCACCAUUGAGAAGCUCGUGAAGGAUCUCAACUACCCUGAGGAGCUGUUGACAUGGCAAUUUGACUGGAAGUAUAUGGUCAGAGGACUAGUUCUUGAUAAGAAAAGAGGAAAUAUCUUGAAGAUGGACCGGCACAAGUAUGUAAAAGUUGCAUACCAUGGAUUUAGGGAGAUGUCAAAGGAAGAGAAAGUUGCUGCUUAUGGGAGUACAUUGAUAAGGGAUUCCUUCGAUGAACCUGAUUAUGCCCUUAUAGAUACACUUUUCUCACUGGGUGAAGCCUAUCUGUUUGCUCAGCUUGUUGAUUUCAUGGACAACAAUCCUGCAAAAGUACCUUCAGGCACUGACUAUGCGCAUAUGUAUAGAGAUGUGAGGUCUGCGGUUGAUCUGUGUCAUCGUGAUGGAACUUUAAAACGAAUGGUUGCAAAGGAACCUAGCAGGUAUAUUAAUGAAGACUUGGCAAUUGUGCCGAUGCUUCAAAUGCUUAGAAAAUCUGGACGCUCCACAUUCUUGGUGACAAACAGUUUAUGGGACUACACUGAUGUUGUCAUGAACUACCUAUGUGGGCCAUAUAUGUCAGAUGUAAGCUCAAGUCACAACCACAAGUGGCUUGAGUAUUUUGAUGUUGUUAUAACAGGCAGUUCAAAGCCAAGCUUUUUUCAUGAUGAUAAUCGAACAGGAUUGUUUGAAGUUGAGCCUGAUUCUGGGAAACUUCUAAAUGCUGAUCUUCAGAUUGGAAGCCCAAGAUCAAGUCAACAUCAGCCAAAACCAAUUCACAAAGUGUACCAGGGAGGCAAUGUUGGUCAUCUUCACAGACUACUUUCUGUUGCUUCUAGUUCGCAGAUCCUCUAUGUUGGUGAUCACAUAUAUGGGGACAUACUCCGCAGCAAGAAAGUUCUAGGUUGGCGGACUAUGCUGGUAAUACCUGAGCUGGAGCAAGAGGUGAAGCUUCAAUCAGAAUCAAAGUCUACUCGAAAGGAGCUUAGACACCUUAGAAUGGAGCGCGAUUCAGUUGAAGACACGAUCCAUCGCCUUGAAUGGUCUCUUCAAUUUGAAGAUCUUACAGAGAAUGAGAAGGGGAAGUUGUUAUCUGAGCAUGAUAAUCUACUGCAAAAGCUGAAGGGUAUCCGCUGCCUUCUCCGAGAUGCUCAGAUGCAACAUCAUCAGAAGUUUCACAAGGUGUGGGGACAGCUUAUGAAGACUGGGUACCAAAAUUCUCGGUUUGCUCACCAGGUCGAGAGAUUUGCGUGCCUAUACUGCAGCCAAGUUACAGACUUUGGGUUGUAUUCUCCCAACAAGUAUUACCGUCCGAGCGAAGAUUACAUGCCCCAUGAGUUCGAUGUGCUUGGCCUGUAG